AUGAACAAGUUGGGCUCUAUUUUCGGAAGACAUUCAGAAUACGAAGGAAUCGAUGGGAGUGUAAGACGUUCUAGUGCAACAACGAACCCUAUACAAAAAUCUCCGUUGAAAAGAUAUGCUAUGUAUGAUUUGGACUGGCAAGAGUUCAAAUCACCCGAAGAAGACGUUAUCAAUAAAAAGAAUGGCAGCAUCACCAUGGACUCCGCACUGGCUGCGAAACAAAUAAUGCACCUAUCCACGACUAGUACCCCAAAUACACCUACAACUUCAUUUUUAUCGCAACCACAACCACGACCAACAUCUUCAACAGUAGCGACAGCUUCUUCAACACGGUCGCUUCAUCCUCACCAUCACUCGGUGCAUAUCGAUUUAUCAUCACAAACUUCAAGAGACUCGCAGGAUAUAAUUGGUACUCCUCCAUUAUCACCCAUGGGGAUCACAGUCACAAAAGUAAAAGUAGUAGAAUAUCAUAGUGCAACUGAAGAUGAAUCGUCGACAAUACCGACACGAUCGUCAAUACAAUCACCUUCAUCCUUGCCAUCUUCGAACAGGGAUACUUUUUUAAAUAAUUUUCGUAAUUCUGCGCAAGCUCUAAACAUGACAUUAUUACGAACGAAAAGUAAACAUCGACAUUCAUUCUCGGAUUCGGACUUGAAUGCUUUAUCCGCAUCCGAAAAAAAAUCGAAGACGCUGCAUACUGAAACACCUUCAUCAAAUGAUAAUAAUCAGCAGCAGCAACAUGAUGAUGAGUCUAGUAAUAAACCAAAAGCUAUUUCACAAAAAAAUGGGACCAGAGAACGAAAGAAAGGAAAAUCUAACAAUAAUAAUAAUGAAGUAAAAAAAUCACAACAUAAACCUAAAAAGCCGACGUCAAAAGGGAAGGGUAAAAGGAAAAGUUUGGCAGCGAAUGCAGUGCAACCUGAUGUUCCUACGGUUGCCAAAGGAUGGGAACAAGCCGAUGAAAGAUAUUUUAAUGCACAUCCAGCAGCUCAAUACCGAAAAUUAAAAAGAUCAGGGAACACGAUGUAUCGAAAGCAACGAGGGGCACAUCGCACAUUACGGCAUGUCGAAUUAGCACCAACCUCCAAUCCCGCUUACUCGAAUGAUCCUACAGAUUUGGAGGAUGAUAAUGCUCCUUUACCUUCGUAUGAUCAUCGGUUUCCUUGGGUCCCUAAGCCACUUCAUCCCCCGCAACUUAUUCAUGCCACAUUAGUACCUCUUCCACAUCGUGCAACAAGUCACCAAUUAAUUUCGGAGCCGGGUUCUUCAAUAGCUGCACUGCCUCAAAUCUCUCGGCGAAAUUCAAAGAUUUUGCCUAAAGCAACGACUUCCUCAAACCGCUCAUCUCGAAUUAAUCCACCGCGUAUCACACGAAUAAUAUCUUCCAAUCCAAAACGAUUGUCACGAGUAGGAUCUCAGCGAAAGCGGACCUCAAUAAUAGUAACUGGUGGAAAACGGAGUUCGGUGCUAUUACGACGUCAAUUAUUGGAAGAUAGUAUUAUGAUGUCGUUGCUGGGUGGUGCUUAUGCUGUCCCAUCGGGAAAUAAUCGUGCUUCUACCCUGUUAGGCCAACAGCAAAAGACUAUAAUUCGUCGAAAAACAAAAAAAAGCAGUAAUGCCAAAAUUGAAGAUCGGGAAGCAAGACGUAAUAAUCAAUGGGAUACUGGUUCAGAGGCUACUAGAUUGUCGGAGGAACUAAGACCUGAACAAAAACCGGUUAAAUCUGACAUCAAUUUAGAGUCAUCAGAACCACCGCCCUUUCCUACUCAUUUGAUGCGUACCUCCACAUAUUUUGAAACUAACUCAACAGUAUCACGAUUACCAAUGUUAGUUUCGAAAAUUCCUCCUCCCCCAACGAGAGCUAGAAAAUCACCGAUUCAAAAUUCCAAAACUACUUCGGAUGAUGAAUAUUCUGAGGCUGGCAGGAAAUCAACGACAGCAAAAUCAAAUGGAACAUUGCCACCAUUAUCAUCAUUGUCACCAACUUCCCCAUCUCUUUCACCAUCUCUUUCACCCUCUGAACCAAGCAAAAAAUAUAAAGCUAGUUUAUUCGGAUUAUUUAAUAAACAAUCAAAUC